AUUAAAUAUAGCACGUAAGAAACUGUUGAAUAAUAUUCUCUCAUUAUCAUUUUGUUCUUCUUAUCUUCUCUCAUGAAAAUGAAACUUCUUUAUGCUAUUUUGUUCAUGUGGGUAAUCUUGUGCUGAUUAUGAUAUAUCUCACUUUUCAAAGAGCUUGAAGAGGAAGAAUGCUUUGGUGUUAGUGAAGACUCAAUCAUGUCAUCAUAGAUGAAUGAAAUAAGCAAGGUUUAUACUUUUUGACCAAAGAAAAAGUGACAAAAAAAUAAAGCAAAAGCAAACACAACUUUGUCCCUUUGACAGCAUUUUCUUCUCAUUCAACCUUCCUUUUCUUUCCCACACGCUUCUUAUCCUUACACAACUUUCUACUCUCUCUUCUUCAAACCCAAAAUUUUUCAUUUUUCUUCAAUUUUUAGACCUUACUCUUAAAAGGGUAUGCAAAAAUGCCUUCAUUUGAGAUUAACAAUGCUUUGAUGGGUUUUGAAACAUCUUUCAAAGGUUGUGUUUUUAGUGUCUUAGACACUGAAAAAAAAAUGGAUCUUAAGUUAAUGAUUGAAGAGCUUGAUCCAAUUCAUGAUGUUCCUUCUGUGUUUAUAUGUCCAAUUUCACUUGAACCAAUGCAUGAGCCAGUUACACUUUGCACUGGUCAAACCUAUGAUAGAUCCAACAUCCUUAAAUGGUUUUCACUUGGUCAUAAAACAUGUCCAACAACUAUGCAAGAGCUUUGGGAUGAUUCAAUCACUCCUAACAACACUCUCAAACAAUUGAUUCUUUCUUGGUUUUCACAUAAGUACUUGGUAAUGAAGAAGAAGCUUGAAGAUGUUCAAGGAAGAGUUUUGGAAACAUUGGAGACACUUAAAAAGGUAAAAGGUCAAAGUAGAGUCAAAGCUCUUAAGGAUCUUAGAAAACUUGUUGAUUCUCAUGUUUGUGCUAGGAAAACAUUGUUGGAAAAUGAUGGUGUUGGUUUGGUUUGUUCUUUGUUAGGUCCUUUUACUUCACAUGUUGUUGGUUGUGAAGCUAUUGGUAUAGUUGUUAAUUUGGAUUUAAGUUCAGAUUUCAAGAGAAAAAAUCUUAUGCAUCCAGCUAAAGUUUCAUUAGUUGUUGAUAUCAUGAAUGAAGGAACAAUUGAAACAAAGAUGAAUUGUGCUAAAUUGAUUGAAAUGUUGUUGAUGGAAGAAGAAAAUGAAAAUGAGGGUAAGAUUGAGAUUGUGUCAAGUUUAAGUCUUUUGGUUGGAUUAUUGAGAUUGGUAAGAGAUAAGAAACAUCCAAACAGUGUCUUAAUUGGUCUCACAUUACUAAAAAAGGUACUAUCUUCACAUGAAUCAGUUAGAAAUUCAGUUAUAACUAUAGGAGCAAUUCCUCAAUUGAUUGAGAUUUUACCAAAUUUGAACAAUGAAUGUUUGGAGAUAGCACUUUAUAUAUUGGAAAUAUUGUCAACAAUUGAAGAAGGGAAAUUGGCUUUGAAAGAAUGUCCUAAUAUUAUUCCUAAUGUGGUGAAGAUGUUGAUGAGAGUAUCAGAAAAUUGUACACAAUUUGCAUUGUCAAUUUUGUGGGCUAUUUACAAACUUGCACCUGAAGAAUGUGCUUCAAAAGCUGUGGAAGCUGGUUUGGCUUCAAAAUUAUUGCUUGUGAUUCAAAGUGGUUGUAAUCCUGUUUUGAAACAAAUGUCUUCUGAGUUUUUGAAAAUGUGUAGUGUGAAUUAUUCUACUAGUAGUAUUUUUAUUUCUAAGUGUAUGCUUACUACUACAAUACAAUGAAAAAAAUAAGAAAUUUUGUUUAUAGUUUCAUGUAUAGCCAAUUAUGUUCAUAUGUUUAUGAAAUUGAGAUUUUGUUGUACCAUUUAAUAUUAUUAAAUAUAAAGUAUAGUUGGUGAUUCAAA